AUGGCAACUGAAACGGUGACAUUCCGAGACGCGAUCAGCAAUGUCGACCUUUUGGAAGACUUAGCUAUUUGUGACAAUCAGCCAUGUAUCGAAUCUCAGCCCUUGCCGCUUCUCUGUCGCGUAAACUUUGACACCAGCUUCGAGGAUAGGAAUGCGUACAUAACUGGCGUUUCCAAGUACAUAGAGGAAGCAACACGACACGCCGAAUUUCGGGGUCGAUUGCACGCCGCCUGUGUUUACUCAUUUUUUAUUCAUCUAUUUCAUUUGAAGGCAAAGUCAAACGACCAGCCAAACCGUGUUGAAAUCAACGAGAAAGUCGUACAAGUUUUGAAUCCUGAAGUCGAUAAACUUUACCAGUUUAUGCAUUUUACUAACCGUGCAAUUCGCCGAUUCUGUGAUGAAGUUAAACGUUUAUGCCAUCCUGAAAAACGUAAAGAUUUCGUUUCUGAAGCGUACCUGCUUACACUUGGAAAGACGCUGAACAUGUUUGCCGUUCUCGACGAACUUAAAAAUAUGAAAGCUUCAAUAAAGAACGACUUUUCAACUUUUCGUAGAUCAGCUCAGUUUCUUCAAGUAAUGGCGGAUACAAACACAAUCCAUGAAAUGCAAAACCUUAGCAUGUUCCUCGCUACUCAAAAUAAAAUAAAAACAGAUCUUCAAAAAGAAUUGCGUAAAAUUGAAGGCUUUGAAGAACUUUUGGCAGAUGUUGUUAAUAUAUGCAGCCUCUUGUUCGAAAACCGUAUGUAUAUUACUCCAGCUGAUAGGCAUAUGUUUGUGAAGGCCAUUGCGUUUGCACUAUUUUUGAUGGGUGGUGAAGCUACUGCAAAGCUUGAUCAGCGUAGGCGAAUCAGUAUUGCUAAACUGGACAAGAUAUUUCAAUCUCUCGAGGUAGUGCCACUAUUUGGUGACUUACAAAUCCAACCUUUUUCAUUUGUAACUCGAUCUACUCAGUUUGAGGCCUCACGCUGGCCCAACGCUAGUGGAGAAGGUGAGAAGUGUCAUGUAAAUAUCACAGAAAGAGUUAUUAAAAUACGUGAGCAUCAUAUGGAAUAUGUCACUCAUCUUUCUCGACUUAGUAAUGGGUGUUUUUCUGAUUCGAGUGAUUCGAAUCAUUUGUUAGAACUGUGGAUGAUAAUAGUUGAGAAAGAGCUUACUUUAUCGGCAACUCAGGUGGCUAUUUACGACAAAGAUGGACCCCGUAGCGAUUCAGAAAAUCGUGAAAUGACCCAGUUGGCACUUAGUGGCGUCCAACUUCUGUGUAGCUGGACAAGUGACGUAGUUGAAACAAUCUCUUGGAAACUGCUCCAUCCUACAGAUCAUCGGGCAAAUAGAGAUUGCCCAGAAGAUGCAGAGGAGUAUGAACGCGCAACAAAAUAUAAUUAUUCUUGUGCAGAGAAGGCAGCUCUUAUUGAGGCAAAAAAUUUUUUGUUUUUUUCUCAAUUUAUUUUUUUCACGAUAUCUAUGAUAAAAAGCGUCCAAAUGAUGCUCAGCAAGCUUGAGUCUGUUUUGAGCAUAGCUAUAAGAAGACAUAUCUAUGCAGAACUGCAAGAUUUUGUUCAAAUAACUUUACGGGAGAUGUUGCAUAAGGCAGUGAAAAACAAAAAAGACCUUUUAUCGAGUAUUAUUCAGUCAAUAUGUGACACUUGUGUGGAUAAUUGUUCUGGUCAUUUUGAUUCGCAUUCGUCUGAUAUUGGGAAAUCAAAAAAGCAUAAGCAGACGGCUGUACUGGGCUCUGUAAACGAUAUUCGAACUGCAAGGCGGUGUGUUGCUCCUAGUAGUACACAGCUAUAUAUGGCUAGGACUAUGACGGAGUCGCUAAUAUCUGAAAGAGGAGGUGGGAGGCGUUUGUUAAGGAAGGAAAUCGAAGCAAAGCAUAUUGAGAAGCUGGCAAACUUUUUGAGAAUGAGUUUUCAUUGGCCUGCUCUACUGUGUUUCUCAGAAACUUUGUCCGAAUGCUGUGAACUUUCACAGUUAUGGUUUCGGGAAUUUUAUCUUGAAAUGAGCAUGGGAAGAAGGAUACAAUUUCCGAUUGACAUGUCUAUACCAUGGAUACUGACGGAUUACAUUUUAACAAGUCAAGAUCCUAGAUUAAUCGAAUGUAUAUUUUAUCAGCUGGAUCUUUACAACGAUGCCGCAAACUAUUCUUUAACAAGAUUUCGGAAACAGUUUCUUUAUGACGAAGUCGAGGCAGAGGUCAAUUUAUGCUUCGACCAACUAGUUUUCAAGUUAAGCGACUCUGUGUUCACUUACUUCAAACAGCUCGCAUCGAGCAUGCUGCUGGACAAACGAUUCAAAAGCGAUUGCCAGAGUUUGGGAUUCACUAUUAGAAUGCCGCCUUGUUUUCGCUAUGAAACCUUACUGAAGCAAAGGCAUUUACAGAUUUUGGGGAGAUCAAUUGAUCUUAAUCGUCUAGUCAGCCAGCGCAUUAACGUUGCUCUCAUCAGAGCACUUGACGUUGCAAUUUCAAAAUUUGAAGCGGAACCUCUUGCAUCUGUUGUGGUAUUAGACAGUUUACUGGAGGAAAAUCGUUUGUGCCACAGGUUGAUGCGAGAGCAUCUUGGUUCAAUUUCAGAUUUUCAUGAUUUGUUUCUUGAAGCAAAUCAUAAUGUAUCAGCUCCUUAUGGGAGGAUUACAAUCCAUAUUUUCUGCGAAUUGGACUUAGACGUUAUGCCAAAUUUCUGUUACAAUGGUUCGACACACAGGUUUGUUCCUUCAAGGCAUAUGACUCAGGAGUUAACAAAACGGGAAAAGUAUCCUAAUGCGGCAUUGCAGUACUUCUGGGGGUCAAAGUCACUGGGCGCAGCUUUUGAGACCCUUUUCAAGAUGUAUUCUGGAUUCAUUGGUAUGCCUCAUUUAAAAGCAAUGGCAAGGUUGCUUGGAUACCAAGGAAUUGCAGCAAUUUUGGAAGAAUUAAUCAAAAUUGCUCAAGAACUGAUAAACGGGUCUCUGCGCGGUCAUGUUAGAGCAAUCUUCAAUUCAAUGCCAAAAAUAUGCAAACUGCCGAGAUAUGAUUAUGGUUCUCCAGGAGUUUUGGAAUAUUACCUUGCGCAUCUUGCUAAUGUGGGCAAGUAUCCGGAUCUAAAGAAAGAAAUGUGUCAGGUCCUCAGGAAAAUUGGAAAUAUUAUUGUUUUUUGCUUGCAAUUGGAAUUGGCAAUGUCUCAGGAAGAAAUCGUCGAUUUAUUAACUGCAGCGCCCUUCACAAAUCUUUUGAAAUGUAUUGAUAGAUUUUUAGAAGCAGAGGAAGAGAUAAAAAUUAAAAAGUUGGAGCAGAAAUAUUCGCGUAUCCAAAUUGCUUCGGUCGUUGCACAAAUUGGAGAUCUCAAGCAAAGUGCAAUUGCUAGAGAAGGGGAGCUUUUAACUAAGGAACGGCUGUGUUGCGGCCUUAAUAUCUUUCAAAUGUUCUUGUCGAAGAUUAGGGAAAUUCUUUCUGCGGAUACGCUGUGGACUGGUGGAUUUCCGACGAAUGGGGUUAUGUGGUUGGACGAGUGCGUUGAAUUUCACAGAGCUUGGUCCGCGAUGCAGUUCUUCUUUUGCCAGCCACCCCCACCUAGUUCGGGUGGAGUAGAACAGGCUACGGAACCAUUAAUAGAGGCAGUUUAUGGUGACGGGCUUCAUUGGGCAGGCAACACAAUCGUUAUACUGUUAGGACAACAUCGUCGAUUUGAAAUUCUAGAUUUUAGCUAUCACUUGUUACGAGUACACCGUGCUGACGGAAAAAAUGGUGUGGUGAAAGGAAUCAAGCUUUCAAACAUGGUGGAUCGUAUUCGUCGGUUCCAGCUACUAAACAGUCAAAUUUUUGGUGUAUUGGAUAAUUACCUUCAGCCAGUAAACGAAAGUGGUGAAGAGAUGGUCGAUGAUAGCAGAGUCGUCAGGGAAUUCGCUCCUCCAGUUCACCAGUCUAUCGCGCAACAGUUUCCUUCAUGUGAAUAG